AAAAAAAUUUUAUCCCGUAAUGAUAAGUCGCCAAAGACAUAAGUCAACGAGAUCAACCAGACGUGAUAAUCUCUGUCUGCAUGAUUUAUCUACCGUCUAACCUCUACCAUGUUAAUUUGUAAAAGGCAAAAAUCAUUCUUGUUUGGGUUAAUAAUUUAAAAUAAAUUUGUUAUAUAUAAACAUACAUAUUCCUGUGUGCUAAAUUUAACCUUUGCUUUCGAAACUUCCUAAAUUAAUAAUCCAAAGAUAUUUUUCUGCAAUUUCAAAGAUAAGUGUUAUACUUAGUAAUAUUUGACAAUCGCUAGCCGAGCGUAAAUAUUUAAUUAUUAGAGCAAUGGAAAAUUUUUUAACUUCAAUAUAAUGGGCAAACAAACAAACGUUUCAUCCCAUUCACAUUUCCUUUUCGGAUUUUCAUACUGCUUUCUUCUCAACAAAUGGCGAAACGAGCGAUUUUUCUGUCUGGAACCCUGAUGGUGGUAUCCUUGGCCUUACACCUAAUAACAGGAUUGCGUGAUUUUGUCAUUGAUAUUGAUACGCUGCAAUAUGAAUUUGAUCCGAAUCUAACUAAAAGUAUAUCGAUGGAGUUAGUGAGGAUUGAUGGACACAAUAAAAUCAAUGGAUCAUUUUCAUUUGUGAAUGAUUUACAUGCUGGUGGUAUCAGAAAUUGGGCGACUUUAAACCAAAACAAUGGCAGACAACCACUCUUGUAUAAUAUCAGCAUUGAUGGCUGUCAGUUCUUGGAGAAUCUAAGGGGGAAAUUUAACCCCAUAUUCGGUGUUGUAAUGCAACUCUUAAAAAAAUACGUUCGAGAACUUCCAGCCAAAUGUCCUUUGAGAAAGGAUCAAAUUUAUACCAUUAUGGAAUUCUAUUACAAUGAAGACAUCUUUCCGCCAUAUAUUCCAGACGCCAAUUUUACAGCAUUUCUGGGUAUUAGCCACAACCAAACCUAUGCAUUUAGUGUUUUUUUAACGGCCCAUGUGAAAUCCAAAAAUAGUGCCGGAAUUUAUUUGAGCAAAGGUAAAAACCAAAAAAGAAACAAAUUUUAAUAACUACAUAAUCGCUUAAUUAUUUUAAUAAAUCAAGUCUAUUU